AUGAAGCCCUCCACUCCAGUCCUUCUCCUCCUGCCAUUUGCUGGCCUUGUCCAGGGCUGCGUCCGCGUCCACGCCUAUCUGAGCAACACCCCCAUCGGCAACGACAUCAUGAGCAUCGAGCUCUGGGACGAUGACAACUUUUACCAGAAAUGCGGCACCUGCUCGUGGGCCUUUGCCAGCGACCAGAGCCGCUGCCGCAAGGAGUGCGGUAAGUUCACCGUCGAGGUUUGGAACAACGGCCGGUCGGCCUGGGUCCGCAACAACGGCAACAACGGGCUCGUGUACACGAUGCGGCGGACGAAUAGCGAUUUGGAGGACUAUUGCUGCCUCUUUACCGACAACGGCUGCCGCGGGCGCUGCAGCAACUGGGAGUCCUGCCACAAGAGCCAGCACGACAAUUGCAACAGAUACGCCUGCAAUCUAUGCGACGGUCUGCGGUACUGCGGCGUCCGAGACCGGCUGCUUGUCGCUUCGGAGGAUAACUCAACGGCAAUCGAAGAAUGA